CAAGGUUUGCGCGAGGAAGACUGGAUACGCCACGUGUUCAGUUCUCUCAUGAAAGUUUCUCACUUCAAAUGUCACGGUAGUAAUCACACCAGAAAUGUCCGUACCAGGCGCCCCUGAUCUGGACAUUGAUUUGGCCACCGUUCUAAAGGACACGCAAAACGUUUUUCAGAACCUGGUGAAAACCCGAAAGGAUCUUCGCAGUUCCCAGCUGGAGGCCAAAGUCAACAGAGAUCAGCUGCAGUCCGCCCGCCAGCGGCUGGAAUCGAACGAGCAUCGUGGCAGUCCCACCGAGUGGCACCGGCUGUCGAAAAGUUUAAGCAACGUCAUCAAAGUGGUCAGCAACCGGAAGGACAUUACCGAGUACGAGCAAACCAUCCGCAAUUUGACGGAUGAGAAUGAACGGCUAAAGAAGCAAAUCGGUUGCUUGGAUGCCGAACAUGCGGACGCGCUCGAGAAGCAGAAAUCCCUGCUCAAGCAAGAACACGCGCAGGAAGCCGCUCAGUAUUCGAAGCAAAUAUCGGAACUGAUCAUCGAUAAGGAGCUGGCCGCCUCGGAGGCUUCGAUCAAGUACGACCAGCUGCAGUCGCGCAUCGACCGGAUCAGAGCGGACAAUGAAGAACGCUGCAGUGCGUUGGUGGCACAGUACGAAAAGAUGAUCCAAUCGCUGGCCGACCAGAAGCACAAACUGAGGGAGGAAAACAUGGCGCUGCAAAGGCGGGAAAUGGAGCUACGGGAUGAGUUGGAUCACCUGCAGAACCAUUCGACUGGGUACAUGCUUGGGAUGGGUGGCCGCCGGAUGGCCCCCAUUGGCAAUGGAGGAAGUCAACGGUAUGCGGAGGUUGUGGAAACUGUGCCACUUCAACCUACAGCCGGAUCUAGUCAGACAUUUGGCGGGAAAAUGACUGUGACUAAGACUACGGAGGAUGGUAAGAAAAACAGCAGUGGCGGCAACAUUCAGGUGCCUUUGCAGAUGAAAGGCAAUGACCGUGGAACUGCGGAGGUUAUAGAGGUGAGUUCCAGUAGCGGUGGUGGUCGAGGGAGAGCGCAAGGAAGCCCACAACACCCAGGGUUGGGUGGACACGUGGCCAAUCCACGCAAGAAGAGGAAGCUAUUUUCUCAAUACUAACAGGUACUGUUAAUAUUACAUCGGCUACAAUUUUAGAAUGGACUAUCUUGACUUUUUCAUAUAUUUUAAGAAAAAUAAUAUUAAUAAUUCUUUGAAAUUUUACAAAACGU